GAUUCGCAGGAGAGAGAGAUCGUCUUUAGUGGUGCAGUGCGCAGGAGAUUCGUCAUGCAGGGCUGGUGGUGCUCCGUGCAGACUGCGGCACUUUCCGCGUUAGUGCUCGCUUCUCUUCAUCUGAGUGUGGAGUCUUCGUACGAGCUCAGAGUUAAAGCUCAUUGGUACAAUAACAAUGGCCAUAAGUUGUCCGACGGCACUUGUUGUGACAAGUCUGGACGCAGCGACUGUGACCCCUGGUGGUGCUCUCACUGCGAAUGCGACAACCAAUUCAAGUUUUGCCUGCGUUUCCACGGCGUCAGUCGUGAUGGCAACGAAAACAGCUGCCCUCUCGGGUCGCACCGGACCGGAGAGAUCGGGGACGACAGUUUCUCUUUUGGGUCGACCCAUAUUGGCAGCGGGGUG